AUGCAUGGGAUUAAUGCUAUUAUUAAAUUUAAUAUGCCCCCACAAAUUCCAGAACACAUAAAAAAUGCCUUUAUACAAAAACAAAAAACAUCAAAACAGGUACUAUACCUCUUAUUAAAAAUAAAAGACUAUGAAAAAUUGGUUAGUAAUAAAGGCAUAAACAAAUUUGAUGAUACAUAUAUAAGGGAUGAUGGGAAAACAAAUACAAUAAUGGCUUGUAGAAAAAGAGCACAUAAAUUCUACUACACAUCAUAUAGAAACUUUUCACAAUAUAAUAAUUGUACUACACCACAUAUUAACAAAAAUAAUAAAAUACAAUUAGCAAAUGAUUUUUUAAAUAUGAAUAGUUUAAAAAAUGAAAUUUCUAAUAUUCACGAAAAGUUAACAGAGAAUUCUUUUAUUGACAAAAAAAAAGAGGAAAUAUAUUUUUUAUUAAAAAAUGCAAUAUUUCCAAAUUUGAAAGGGAAAAUAUAUUUCAUUGGAUCCUGUGAAAAUAAUAUAUGGAUAAAAAACUCAGAUAUAGAUAGCUGUAUAGUUGUAGAAAAUUGCGAAGAUAAAAAUUCAUAUUUAUAUAUUUUGAAAGUUAUUAAAAGUGCUAUUAAUUUAAUAUACCCAUCUUUAACUGUAAAUAUAAUUAAAGCAUCAGUUCCAAUAGCUAAAAUAUACAAAGAUCAAACUAACAUAUGUGAUAUUAGUAUUAACAACACGGUAGCAAUAGUCAAUACACAAUUGGUUUCAUGUUUAUGUAGCAUUGAUGAAAGAAUUCCAAUAAUAAAUAGAAUAAUAAAAUAUUGGGCAAAACAAAAAAAUAUUAACAACAGAUCUCAGGGUACUUUCAGUUCUUAUGCUUUAUUUUUAUUGACCUAUUUUUUCUUUCAAAAUUUAGAGACCCCACUAUUGCCUUCAUACAAAUCCAUAGAAAGAGCUAGCACAACACCAUUUGAAAUUAAUAGUGAAUACUUUUUUUUGAAAGAUGAGGUAGAAAUGCCAUUCUACACAAAAAUUGAGGACAUAAAAAACAAUUUUCAAGAGUUUCAAAAAAACACAGACGAUGUUUCAAAGUUAUUGUAUGGAUUUUUUGAGUUUUACUCGAAUGAUGUUUGUAAAAAUGGGAUAACCCUUGAUGUAUAUAAUAAUCAAAUAAUUGAAAACAAAGAUAUGACUGCAAACAUAUAUUGUCCAAUAACAAGGAAAAUUGUUAAUACCUAUAGCAUCAAUACAUGGAAAAAAAUGUUUGAAAAAAUCCAAGCAGCUUAUAUUCAACUAAAAAAUGGAAGUAGCUUAAAUACAAUAUGCGAAGAAACAAAGGAUGACCCAUCUAAUAUAAAAAUAGAUCUUAAAGAUCAUUUGUUAAGACGAAAAAUUUUUCAAGAUUUUUAUAUGCCCUAG